AGCCAUACGUUAAAAUAGUUAUACGCCAAAAUGGUUCACACCAAGAUGUCCUUGAUACCGGCAACAAUUAUCGCGCAUAUCACACACGCCCAACAGUUUCCGUCUUCAGUCGCACAGUCUUAGCGAACGCUAACGGGCACGACUGCGCAUCAGUCGUAUAGGACGCGUCACUGCCGACUUGCAAAAAGUGUUAUUAUAUUUCUAUCGGCGUGUUUGCCGUUUACGUUAUCUUCUCCGUCACGUCGACACGCGCUUAAGCGAGAUGGGCCGUUGGUUUGCGUUGCUGCCGAUGUUACUUCUGUUGCGGUUCGUGGCCUUUGCUGACGAUCGGUGUCCGAUGAACGCUUCCCAACCGGCGCCCGAAAACGCUUACCAGGUGAACGAAGUACUGUGGGCCGGACAACCGGAAAAACCGUACCCGCCGGCCGCGUACCGUUCGGUGCAGGGUGUCGGUUACGUCCUUUGCACGUGCGAAACAGGAACGUGUAUCCGCAAGUGCUGCGAGCCGAACGCUGCGUACGUGAAUUCGAGAUGCACGCCACUGAACGCGUCGGACCAUGUCGCCGAGUUCAAGGUUCCAACAUUUGUAAAUGAGCACGGGACGGUUGAUGUUUAUGAGAUGGGCCUGUUUCAUAUAGUCUAUGGAAAACUAACAUGUAAUAAUGGAAAAUAUAAAAUGGAUCCGUCAAAAGAUAAAAGUGAUAAUUUCAAAAUAAAUUAUGAGGGAUUCUUACUGAGUGACAAAUCUGGAAAAAUUAUCGCUGCACCGGAUCGAUUUUGUUUGGAGCAAUUUUCUGAAUUAAAUUAUCAAAUUUUAGCAAUUGUUUGUUCACCUGAAAACAAGGACAUAACUACAGCCUUGUAAUGUAUUUAAGUGUAUGCAUUUAAAUACUGCCUUGGACUUAUUUGUAUAUGAAAAUCAAAUACUUUUAUACACAUACUUUUGAAAAUUCAAACGAAUUUUUUGUCAGUUGUCUCUUUUUUUUUUUUUUUGUAUAUUAUUAUAACAUUUUAUUUAUAUUUUUCAUUCGUAAAUGUUGAGAACCCCUAUCCCCUAUUGCUGAUAUUUGUUCAUUUGUGAAUGUGAUUAUUACCAAAUUAAAAUAUACUUUAAUAGUUUAAU